AAUCGGCCCGGCCCAGCUGGGCGGCCAGGCCUACCCCUAAUGCUCUUAAAAUUGAAGUACUCAGAAUUUACAAGCUCAGCGUCAGGAAACACUUUCUAGCAGCAGAUUCAAACUUGAUAAAUUGAUUGUUUGCCGCUGUCUACAAAUUCAAACUUCUUGUUUGCUUGCCUUCGUCUUCUUCUUGUUCUUCUUCUUAUCUCCUAAUCUGUUUUGGAAAACAGCGAGAAACCACAGUAAAUACAGCCGAAAAUUUCUGUGUUUGCAUCAGAUUGAGAGACAUGGAGAAGAUGGGUCCUUCAAUAGGAUCGAGAUAUUCUGAUUUCACCAAGUCUUUCAAGCUUGCUAUUCGCUCCCUUCUCACUUCCUGCUCCAAAGAGGAGUUUGUCAUAGCAUUUUCAAAUUUCAGCAGUGCAGAGCAGGAAAGUCUACACCGUCUAUUUAUUCAGGUUAUCACUUCUUUGCAUAAAAUGAUAGAGGAUGAGUUUGAGUCAUUAAGCCUUGAAACACAGGUGGGAACAACUCUUUAUACUGUGGACCAACUUGUGGAAGAACAAUAUCUGGACCCUCUAUUUUUGAAUAAGACGAAUGUAAUGGAUGUUGCAUGCAAUCUCUCAAGGGCAAAGAAAAAUGAGAUCCAGUUCUUGAUGGGCAUGUUGGAAAAGGCUGAAGAGCAGAAUAGCCUCAUCCGAGCUCGUCUUGAGCAACUCAAGAAAAGGAGGCAAAAUGUCACUGGUACAACAGAUGUUGAGAAGAAGUGGAAUUAUGCAGUUGAGAAAUGGAAUUUUGAAUUAUUAGACAUCCGUUGAUGGGCCAUAAGGAAUGCAACUGGUGGAUUAAAUGUAUUGUGUUAUGGUAAAACUUUGUGAGCAGAAGUAUAUGUCAAACUUCGCAAGCAAAUGUGUAUUUUAGAUAAAUCAGAAUUUCAUUAUGGGGCUACUUAUACACAAUUAUCUAAGCAUGUUUAUAAUCUGUUGUACAUCAGGAUUGAGUUCCUUUUCCAAAUUGAACCCCUGAACUUUCCGAACGAGCUUGAAUCUAUGCCCAUUGUUAGGGCCUCUUAAGCAACUAAAUCAUUAUGAGUAUCUAUUUUCCUCUUCUUCUGCUUUGA